UCGGCUUAAAUUAUCAUGUGUUCCCCGGUUUGCCCAAACAAACUAUCUCAUAUGUGCCAUAAACGGAAAGUGGAAACAGCUCGAGUUUCGUGGUCAGACUUUGCGUUGUGCGGUUUCUGCCUCUGAAUGGACUCCGACUAAAUCCGAAAGUAUUUCCUGAGAGUUAAAGCUUCCUUCUUGAAAGUCUUUCCAUUGAACAGAAUCGAAAGUGACAAAGUUUUUCUUGGCCAAUCAGUAACCUACUUCGACACAUUUCUCGAUCGAAGUCUCUUCUACAGAGUAAUUCGAAACAUUGAUCGAGUGUCACACGUUCUAAAGUCUUCUCCGCGCAACGUAAAAUAGAAACUAUUGUUUGCGGUCGUAUUGUUGUUGAAGUUGAAGAAUGCGGGCGAAGGAAAUGAUGAAUAGAAUCCUGAUCUUGAUGUUAACACUGUUUGUAACCAUGUUCCCCAUUGUGACAGCUGACGUUUCAUGCUUCUGUAACUCCCCGUCGUGCCCGCAAGCUUUGUGUAAAUCAAGUCAGCAGUGUUUCAGCAAACUAGUGAAGGCUAAUGGGAACUUUUCUACUAGUGUUUCGUACGGCUGUAUUGAGACACUAGAUCCCAGUCUCUCGUGUUUGAACUCAUCGUUAAUGAUAUGCUGUGAUAAGGAUCUGUGUAACAUGCCAAACAUGUUAAGAGAAAUAACAAAAACUCUUCAAAACAGGGGCAACAUGGACACCGAGGAGCAUGCGUCUAGCGACGACAAAGAAGUCGCUGGGCCUGUCUCCGACAAAUGUACGGACAAAUGUACGGAAUCAACGCCUGCAAUGCAAGUGGCCAGCGUAGUCGCACCAAGUGUGUUAAUUCUGACCGUGGUUCUCUUAUCAUUGGGGAUUUUUUAUAAAAUGGCGCGCUAUCAGAAGAUCCGCACCAGUCAGUUAAAGAAAAGCGUUAAACACAAGGCUUCAAGAGACGGAUUAAUUAAUAAAGUACGAGAGUUAAAAGGUUGUGGUUUGUUGGUGGGAUCGAGCGUACCGGAAGUCUUUCAGACGAAAACUGUGAUCAGCAGGAGCUGUUCUGAAAAUGAUUAUCGUGUAUUAAUUGCCAGUCCUCACAACGUUUGAAGACAUCACAAAGGGCCUGGGGCAGACUUUUCAAUUUGAAUGUUAAAUUUCACCGCAUACGCGUGACUUAUUCCCUUUAAAAAUACGCCAACUAUAGGUUCAUUGGACUAUUUUAGAAAUUUGAAUUUUUUUAUUACGUAUUUGGAUUUUUUAUGAACCUGUCGAUUGGAAAAAAAUGGCCAUGAUGCAAAGCAGAUGGCAGAAAUGGAUGGGAAAUAUGAUGAGUCAGUGGCAAGUUACAAAUUUCCAAAGAUUUGCAUGGUGUAGUGAAAGCAGAUUUUUUUACACAAUGAUACGUUGAGAGUUGGCUCCAAGAAACUGUUAUUUAAAAGGUUUUAAAUUCCGCCUCUUCGGCAAUAUUUAGCGAUUCAGGUCGUGGAAGGAAAGUUCGCGGAUCAGACUAAAAUCUUAGAUGACAAAACUCACCAGCGGUGCGAAAUACUGUUUAUUGACUAUGAAAUUACAUGCACGCUAUUGGGAUGAUUUGAUGUCAACACUGACUUUACCCGACAUUUCGCUAGGAGAUAUAGUCGGCCUCUAGUUAAAAGUUUAUCGCGAGAAUCUAAAGAUUUUAAAUUUCUCACGUGAGAAAUAUUUGUAUGAUAAAAUGGACCUAAAAAAAUUUAUAACAGAUUCCAUUUUAAAAUAACAUUCGAGAGAAUUGCCGGCAAAGUGCUGUAUAAAACGUUUUUAUACUGAAUAAGUUAGGAUAUUUAUCAAAUGUUAAGUCGUCG